CGAGUUCUCUCCAUACGAUUCCAGGCUGACAUCCCCAACCGGUUUGAGAUGAAGUUACACAGGAAUAACAUCUUCGAGGAGUCGUAUCGUCGAAUCAUGUCCCUUAAAAGGCCUGAUGUUCUGAAGGCACGGCUGUGGAUCGAGUUUGAGUCAGAGAAGGGAUUGGACUACGGCGGUGUGGCCAGAGAGUGGUUCUUCCUCUUAUCGAAGGAGAUGUUCAAUCCUUACUACGGCCUGUUCGAAUACUCUGCCACGGACAACUACACUCUCCAAAUCAAUCCCAACUCCGGCCUGUGCAACGAGGAUCACCUCUCCUAUUUCAAGUUCAUCGGGCGUGUGGCAGGAAUGGCCGUGUUUCAUGGAAAACUACUGGAUGGUUUUUUCAUCAGACCCUUCUACAAGAUGAUGCUGGGAAAACAGAUCUCCCUUAAAGACAUGGAGUCAGUGGACAGUGAAUACUACAACUCUCUGAAGUGGAUCCUGGAGAAUGAUCCCACUGAGCUGGACCUGAGGUUCUGUAUUGAUGAGGACAACUUUGGACAGACGUACCAGGUCGACCUGAAGCCCAGCGGCUCAGACAUGGUGGUCACCAACGAGAACAAGAAGGAAUACAUUGACCUGGUCAUCCAGUGGAGGUUUGUCAAUCGGGUCCAGAAGCAGAUGAACGCCUUUCUGGAGGGCUUCACUGAGCUUAUUCUCAUCGAUCUGAUCAAGAUCUUUGAUGAAAAUGAACUGGAGCUGCUCAUGUGUGGUCUGGGUGACGUCGACGUUAACGACUGGAGACAACACACUGUUUACAAGAACGGCUACUGUCCCAACCAUCCUGUAAUACAGUGGUUCUGGAAGGUCGUCCUGUUGAUGGAUGCUGAAAAGAGGAUCCGUCUCCUCCAGUUUGUUACUGGAACGUCUCGAGUGCCCAUGAAUGGCUUUGCCGAGCUUUAUGGUUCUAAUGGACCUCAGCUGUUCACAAUUGAGCAGUGGGGAACACCAGAUAAGUUGCCAAGAGCUCACACAUGUUUCAACCGACUGGAUCUGCCCACUUACGACUCAUUUGAAGACCUGAGAGAGAAACUCCUCAUGGCUGUGGAGAACGCGCAGGGCUUCGAGGGGGUUGACUAAAACGGCACCCUCCGACUGAAUCCAACCAACCAACAAAUACAAAAAAUAAAUAAAAUAAAAAGCCACAGGGAUGUCAAACCAGCUGCUGUAGCAGUUCUGUGCGAGCAUGUUGUACUGUAAUGCCUGACUGUGAGCCAUCUCCACAGCACAGGUGGUUUGAGACUGUACAGCGAUUUGUCGAGCCAAUAUGCCUACGUCUUUAAAUCUUUUCAGAGUGGGUAGGUCACUCCUUAAAGGUGCUGGGGGAAGAACGGGAGAGUCGCACUGUUGAAUGCUGAAAUCUAUUAACCACAGGCAUGAGCAAUGAAUGAGCUGGCCCCUGAUCUGCCGUUUCUUUCCCCUCUACCCUCGUCCUGUGAAAAAUCUACAGUGCUGGAAAACACUAAUGCAUUUCAAUAGCUCCUUUAUUUACACUAUAGCACAGUAUUCAAGCACCCUUCAGUGGAGGGGACUUAGCAUGGCCUUAAUCUGGCUCCUACAUGCACUAUUUCUCUAAGAAACUGCAAUGGCACUAUGAUCACAACUCUCUCAAAUCCUUAGACCAACACCAGAUUACCUUAGGAAUGCUAGCCAAUCACAUUUCAGGAAAUCGGCCACACCCCUCCGUAGAGCCUUCUCUAUAUGUUGUGUGAUCAGAAAUCGCCGCUGCAGCCUUUUUGUAGAAUAAUGUUUUCCUUUUUUUAGCCACUGGUAAGGAUUCAAGAAUGGGGGAUACAAAAUAAUCCCCACAGAUGAUUUUUUUUUUAUAUAGUUUUUGUCACCAUGGAACAGAUUUGUUUUUUUGUUUUGUUUUUAAAUCAUUGGUAUAAUUCUUGCAGGAAAAUACUCUCAACGUAUUUGUACUGAUAAACAAUGUUGUUUACUAUUUUGACAAUUCUAUAUGACAUGAUGUGUGAAGUGUUAAUCUGGCUAGUCUGGGAAAUAAUUAAUCCAUAUCAUUUGUUAUGGUGAUAGCAAAUGUGUUGAAUAAAAAUGGUUUUUAUUGUAGUGCUAUGGAAGCAGCAUGAAACUGUAUCUUGUGUUUGCUUUGACUACAUCGUAGUAAUUUGGACGUGUAACCGGUCUCGAGGUCGAGAAGGGAAAACUAAAACUUGGGGAUAGUUUCUCUGAGAUGUUUGUGUCAUGAUUAUAUUAAUAUUCUCAUGCCUGUUGCUGUUCAUAAUGCUGUAAAUUGUUCUUGGAAAAAAAAACAUUUUAAGUUCUUUCAUGAUAUAUAAAUAUACGUAUGACUUUAACAGAAGUAUUACUGAUCAACAACACUAAAAUGAAGCUGUGUGCGUGCGCGGGUGUUUGAGAGAAAAGCUGUGAUUGCCACUGAAUAUAAAGCAGCACGUUUCUUACAAAGAAAAAUGUUUUUUUCUUUUUUAUGUUUUUUGUUUCUCUCUCCUUUUUCUAACACCAUUGAACCUAAAGGGCACUUUAUAGAUCACUCUGAGGUCACGUCGCCUGUUGUAUGUCUUUUGUCAUUAACUUGAAUGUGAUUCUUUUUUUUUCCAUUCAGAGCACUUACCCGGUGCAAUAUAAAUAGUCUGUAAAUCUGAGCUGCUGCUAAGGUAGAAAAAGUUGACAGAGUUGAAGCAGAGACUUCACAUCCUUUUAGUAUUCUCUAUUUCCUGUCUUCCCUUUGUCCCUUUUCUCUGCCUUUUUUUUUCCUCCCGUGUGUUUCUUCCCUCCUGUGAUCCCACCUCUCAAACUGACUCAGUAAAGAUUAGUCCUGUUUUUAAUGAACAACGGGAAAUAUCACUUUUGUUAAAGAUUCCACCACUCUCUGCAACUCUUUGUGGUUCAUUUAACUUCAGUCAAAUAAAAAUGAAACUUCUCAGA